AAUAGUAGACUGUAGAUUAAGCACUGAGAACCCACUUCAACAAGUAUCUCGACCUUACUCGAUGUAUUCAACUGAUUGUGCGUAAUAAAACUGUGCUAUUAGAUUUAGAUUGUUUUAAUAAAAUGAACUACGAACAGAUAAAGUUGGAAAGUGUCUUAAAUGGUAUUUACAACUACAACUGGAUCCUAAGUGAUUGUUUACGUCAGUUACUUUUAGAUUAUGUUAAAGAAGAGGCAUCAAUCGAAAAUCAGCAGCUUACGAAAAACACCAGCAUAUUUUCCAACUGGAUAGAAAGUGUAGUUAAAUCAUGGGGGUCUGCAACACCAUCAGUCAACUCUAUGAUAUUCUUCAUAGACAUAAUUACAGAAUUCAGUUCAAACAAGAUAAACUUCCUUCUUCUACACCAGGGUGAUAUAAUGGUAAAAACUCUUGCCAUGUUGAAAAAAAUGAAUGUUACUAAAGACGCUGAUCUGAUGCGAGUUUAUUUGAAAAUGCUAAACAGAUUCAUUUUCAAUGAGUAUUCUAACCAUUGGUUGGUUUCCUCUUUUAAUUUGUGGUGUAAUGUUUUUGAUACUAUAAAAACUGAAUUGGUGACAAAAGAAUUGGCCGAAUUCACCGCAAACAUCCGUGCCCAUGUUAUUCAACAAAAUAAAUUACUUUUGAUAGAUUUUUCUAAAAUAGUAUUGAAACCAUUUAUGGAACUAAACGGAAAAAUAAACACAGGCAAUUUAAAUGGAACAAAUGAGGAUGAGUUAUAUAAAGCAAUAAUACCAACUAUAAAGUUUCUAAAUGAAAGUUUUCAAUAUAUAUUGUUUCAAAAUGAAAAAAAAUCUUACUGGAAUGGAACAGGAAGUACAUUACAUCCCUUCAACAAGUUACUAAACAAUUUGUUAAAAGUUGUGAGUGACAGAGAAUUCAUUCUUCAUUUGAGUAAAUUAAUAUUAUUCAUAAAAAUUCUUGAGUUGAAGAACUAUAAUUGCCACAAAAAAUUUGUAACAAGUUUAAAAAGUAAAAUGGAGGAAAUUUUAAUAUUAAAUAUCAAUAAAAAGUGUACCAAUAAUGUUCUUGAUAUAUUAUAUCAUUGCCUAUUAUUGUGGAAUGAUGUAAGCAAAAUUAUCGACUUACCAUCUUUACAAUCUGAUUAUAAAUUGAAUUUAAUUUUGAUUGCUAUUUCUACAACACCAAUUUGUGUCGUCAUGUUUCAAGUUCUUGGAAGAAAUAUGACCGCUUUAUGGUUGGAAGAUGAUAUUCGAGAAAUGAUAAGUGAAUAUAUGUUAAAAGCUAUGGGUAAUGAAGCAAUAGAUCUUUUCUAUAAAUUUAGAAAUUUAGUAAUGGAAGAAAUGUUCCUUUCUCAAUUUGCAUCUAAAGCUAUUCAAUUAUGUUUAAAAGCCAGACAUUUUUGCGAUAGAAUUACCAUAACAUAUAUAUUUCAAAUAUUAGUGUACACUUUAGAAGACAUUGCGCCGGAUAUAUUCAAAAACAAUGGAUUUAAGUCCCCAUUUUAUGACGAAUUAUACAUAUCUGAAUCAUUAAAUGGUCUUACUAUAUUAAUUGAGGAAUUUGAUUUGUCUUGGAAGGAUGGUGUGGAAACAAUAAAGGUUCUAAAGAUUGUUACGGAAUACCUUACUAAAUUAAAUCUAUCACCACAGGUAAACUAUGAAAUCCUUCUAAAAGUAGUCAUAAAAUUGAUCUAAUUUUAAAUUAAGGGUGCUCUCUAAUGUUUUAGACAAUCAACAAAUGCUUAAAUCUGGCCAAACUUUGUAUCAAUAAGCAUAUGUGUCCUAAUUUAAUCCUUCUAGUUGACACUGAAGAUUCUCCUUUAAAUUCUAUAGGCCCUUUAGUUGAAACUCAUUCAUUAUCGGAAGAUAUCGAAAUAUCUGGAGGAGCUUUGGACUUACUACUUGCCGUGUCUGAAAAAGCAGUUUCUGAAUAUCCACAUUUUAGAACUAUUAUUCGAAACUCGAAUCUACAUAGAAAGGUUUUGGAUAUUUCAACAAACUGUGAUAACAGUUACUUAAGAUUAAAAGCCCUGAAGUGUUUAAAAUAUUUAGUAAAAAUUAAACAUAUUUGGCAAACUAUCUCUUGCCGAAAAAUAAUGGAUAAAUUUAUAGGUCUUCUUAAAGUCGAAAGGGUGGACAGUUUGAGGGCUGAAUUAGUAUGUUUGAUAAUAUCAAUUUAUGAUGAAGAUUAUUUCAUAGAUGAACAAAUGAAUGAAUUAUACAAUAUUAUGUCACACCUUGGUGUCUAUGAUUAUGAAUUGGAAGUGAGAGUAAACGUGCUUCAUUUCUGGAAAAAAGUAAUCGAAAAACUUUUAUCCGAACAAGGUAUGAUUGAUAACGAAUUUCCAGAAGUUACUUUUUCAAAGGAUACGAGGAAAAUUAUUAUACUAGAUGAUCAAGAAAUAUUGAAAAGAUUGAGAAAAGUAAUGAAUACACUCAGCGAGGUAGGAUGCCUCUUCGUGUUAUUCAGAAUUUCUAUAAGUAGCAAAAAAGAAGAAAAAGAUAUAUGUUGGAAUGUAAUCAAUAAACUAUUGGAAAUUUUAAAAAAAUAUAAUGUGGAAAUUGGUAACAUAGAGCAAGAAAAGAGCCAAUACACUGAGAAGAAACUAUGUAGAAUGCAUACAGAUCUUUAUCCAGAUACAGAAAUUGUUACUGUUCGACAUUUUUUGGAAAAUGUAAUGGAUGGUAAUUCAGAACAUGUAACAAAAGAACAAAAAGUAGUUCAUACUUUAGAUGAACUUUUGGAUAAAAUAAUGCUUGAACAUAAGAACACAAUUGACUGAUAACAUUAUAAAAGCAAGGUAUUUUGGUAAUAUUUUAAAAAAGUUUGAAUGUAAUGUUCAAAUACAAACAAAUUUGAAUAAAAUAUAUUUCUACAUU